UCAUUGGCCGAUCACGAUCAUAGAUAAAAAUUACAAUUAUCUGCCAAUAUAUAUCGGGCCAUAGCUCAAGUCUCCUUCUGUGAUAAGUCUUAAUAAUUCAGUGGUAGUGGACUGUCUGAUGUGCAUUUAAGUGAAAUAAAAUUUAAUACAACAUGCUUAUCAAAGAAUAUCGUGUAACGCUUCCUCUCACAGUAGAAGAGUACCAAGUGGCGCAGCUUUACUGCGUGGCAGAGGUAUCCAAAAAUGAAACCGGUGGUGGCGAAGGCAUAGAGGUCAUAAAGAACGAACCGUUCAAAGACUACCCACUGCUCGGUGGCAAAUAUUCAUCUGGUCAAUACACGUACAAGAUCUACCAUCUCGCAUCUAAAGUACCGGCAUUCAUCCGGUUGUUGGCGCCUAAAGGGUCACUGGAGGUGCAUGAAGAGGCAUGGAAUGCUUACCCAUACUGCCGAACUGUGCUCACGAACCCGGGUUACAUGAAGGAGAACUUCGUCAUUUGUAUAGAGUCCUUACAUUUACCAGACAGCGGGGAUCAGCAAAAUGUCCAUGAACUGCCACCAGAGAAACUAAAAGCACGCGAAGUUGUGAAUAUUGACAUCGCAAACGACCCGCUCCCGUCCGCUGACUACAAGGCCGAGACCGACCCUACCAAAUUCAAGUCCGUGAAGACCGGCCGCGGGCCCCUGGUCGGCCCCAACUGGAAGAAAGAAGUGAAGCCGGUUAUGACCUGCUACAAACUCGUCACCGCCGAGUUCAAGUGGUUCGCCUUCUGGACAAAAUCCUGAGUAGAAAACGUUAUUCAGAAGUCGGAACGGCGGUUGUUCACCAUUUUCCAUAGGCAAGUGUUCUGUUCGAUGGACGACUGGCAUGGCAUGACCAUGGCCGACAUCCGAGCCAUUGAGGAUCGCACCAAGGAGGAACUUGAAAAGUUGCGUCGCGAAGGUGAAGUCCGCGGCAUGCGUGCUGACAACGACUAAACGUGCGUGCGUAUGUGUGCGUGCAUGCGUACUUGUGUGCGAGUAGGUGUCGGGCGCGGGCCAUAGAAUACGCUCAGUAAACAUUUAUAGCGUCAAUAUUAUAAAAUGCAUUUCAGAUUUUUUGUAAAUAUUUGUUCAAGUUGAUAUGUAAACAGCGUUAUCUCCAUUGUCCUUUAAUUCUCAUUCCUAAAGGAGAUAUGCUAUAUAGUGAGGUUUGUUUAUGCGUCGAUGGACGAUGUCCAAACUAAACAUUUUUUUUUAUAAACUUCGUAAUAAAAGCAAUACUUGUUAUGAGAUCCGCGCUCGACUCAUUUCCUUCUCACGCUCACACAAAUGCCCUAGCCUCUGAUAAACAAAUAUACAAAUCAAUAUUGGAUAUUAAUGUUAAACGUUAUUUCAUCAAUUCUCAUAAUUAAGUAUGUAUGUAAUUGAAAAUGUGUUCUCAUAAUUCAUUGGACAAAGUAAAUCAAAUUAUUACUUAUGACUGCUGGCAGUCUGUUUACUGACGAUUUCAAAAAUAAGAUUAAAAUGGAUAAAACUUAAAAAAAAAAUCUUGUAAACACUUAGAUAAAAUCACAACAGACUAGUUAGAGGCGGGGGUAUAGAUUACCAUUAGUUUAAAAUAAAGAGAUGUGGUAUAGAUACUAUUUAAAUGAAUAACUAAAUAAGUUGAUGUAGUCAGUGGUUAACAGGUAGUGUUGUCGUUACAUAAAAAUAAUUCGUUUUGACAACUACUCAUUAUCAACGAGAAUUGGUGGAAAUAUUUGGCAUCUAGGCCGGAUUUUUAAAUAUUUCACUGUGUAAUAUUCUGUUAGUCGAUCUAACCAGCCUAGACGGCGUUUUGGCUCUUGUGUAUUUUGUAAUAAAUAAACAUAUAUGUAUAAGUAAUUUUGCGCAAUAGUAACCAAUUAGUACUGGCACGAAUGUAACUAGGAAGAAAAAUUAUUGGUGCAAUAUAUUUUAUCAAUGGCAACCCAAGAGAUGCGUACAGGUUGAUAUAGUAGUUGGGAGUGUUGCAAAAUGAAUAUUUAUUAACCUCUAUGUGGUUUGUGGGCGGUGGUUGUUUUUUAGUAAAGUUAUUAUUGGGACUAUAGUUUAUUUAUUAAGGAGUUGUUCAAUUUGCAACACACUCAGGUGAUUCAUGUAUAAUAAUUAUUGAUAAGUUUUGUUAUUUAACAAAUCAGUAUUUUAAUAUUUGUGUGACAUUCCAGAUACAAUACCAAUAAUGUAUAACAUUAAUGAACAUUUUAGGUUGAUUUGCUAUUUCAUCUAUUUUUUCUUUUUAUUUUUAAUAGCUCUCUGUGUUAUAUUGGAUAUUAUGCAGCAAUAUGCAUAAAUCAAAUGAUACAAUUAUAUAUCAGUACAAUCUAUGUUAUGCAAUUAGUUUUAUGUGGAUUCCCCUCACAUUUAUUGUAAUGAAGUCAGUAACUACAAUUUUGUAUUUAAUGUUCCUCCAUUUUAACCAUUGCGUUACUUCUUAUCGCGAAUGUAUUUAUAUGCUUCUGCGUUGCUCAAAAUUCUUGGAGGGAGUGCUGUUAUGAUGUUGGAAUUUCGUAUAUGUGGCUACUAGUCCUCUCCAAGAGUUCUGUUCGACGCUUUUUUUAUUUUUGCUUAAUUAUUUGCACAUGUUUUUAAGUUUUUUUUUUUUACUUGUUGUAAUAAGUUAUACAUCAAAUACAGCGUGAUAUACAUAUUUCAGAGUAGUCUUUUAUUAGUAGAUUAUGUAGUAAAUUGUUCGCAACCCGCUUUUAGCAUUGCCUAGAGCUUGUGAUUUGGUGUUUUUUUUUACAAUUUUUUUUUAAUACUUGAGCAUUUAAAGUACUUAAUGACCAUAUGAUCACUAAAACUAGCACAAUUUUAUCUCCUAUUUAGGCAUUAUAGUGAGAUAUUUAUCCUUACAUGAUAAAUUAAAAAAGAAUUCUUCCCAGUCUAAUGACAAUAUUUUUUUGUAGUUUGUCUUGGACCAAAUAAAAUCUUUGAUGAAAACUGACGAUUGAUUUUAGUAGCUAAAUUUGAGCUGUUUAUAUUACAAGAUGGUAAUAUAACAUGUUAUUGAACAAUUGUUAAAGCUUAUUUGUAGCAGUUACCAAAUAAAAUUAAGUACACUGGA